UCUUAAAAUAAAGUUAUCAUCUGAGUCUGAUUAUAAAUUCAGGUGUGAGGUUUAUACUCCACGUGACCAGCGAAAUCGACAAUACUUAUUAUAUUCGCGGAAAAGCCGACAAUGACAGCUAGAAUGACGCGAAACCAGAUUAUGGCUGCACUUGCAGAUGCGGGAGUGGCUUUUGAUAAUGAAGCCACUUUGGUGCAACUCCGUGCGCUCUACGAAAGGGCACAACGCGGCAGCCUACCUCAGCAGCAACGCCCUGAUGCUUUACAGCAGGCAGAUGCACCACAGCAGCCAGAUGAACCACAGCAGCCAGCAGUACCACAGCAGCGCCCGCAAAUUUUUCAGCAGCCAGACGUCCAACAACAAGGGGAUGCGAUACAGGCACCAACAACUAUGCGCUGCCAGCUUCUGGAGCAACCGCCUCCAGUGGGGUCGGAGCGCUCGUCGCCGUCUACGGUCCGUCAGCGGUUAUCUGAAGCUGAGGAAGAAGAAGAGUUACUAAACCGACAGCUAGCCAUUGCCCGGAAAAGGCGAGAGCUGCAAAUAUUGCAACAGGAGCUGGGCGUCAAUGAGAAACGUUUAGACCUGGCCAUUCUGGAUGCUAUGGUCGUCAAGUUCGAUGGCUCGGAGCUACAAGACGUACGCAAGUGGACCGGUGACCUAGAGAACGUCUUCGAAGCGUACAAUUAUGCUGAACGCGACAAGCUAGUGGCAGCCCGCCACUUGAUGACUGGACAAGCGAAGCGUUUUGCAUCCAUCAUAACGGUGCGAUCGUAUGGGGAGCUUAAAGCGGCAUUAUUGCAGGAGUUCGAAAGGGCAUUUUCUAGGCAGGAUGUGUUUGCGCAAUUGAAAGCACGCACGAUGAAGUCAAACGAAACGCCCCGACAAUACAUUAUCGAGAUGCAGCUUAUCGCUAGUCGCUCCAACAUUCCAGAACUGGAAUUAAUCGAUAUAAUAAUCGAUGGUCUCCAGGACAAGUCAUCGCAGGUAUCGAUGCUUUACAGUGCCACCACUUUAGCCGAAUUGAAGGUACUCAUGGAACGAUAUGAGAAAAAGAAGCGAAUCAGAACUCAGUUCGCUAAUACAGCCACUGGCGGAAAACAAAAGGAAGGAGCAGCAGCUGGUAGCACCCAGGGCGGUGCAAUUAAACAAGAAAAUGUCCGCUGUUUUAAUUGCUUCGCGUACGGGCAUUUCCAAAGCGCCUGUACGGCACCCAGACGCCAUCCAAAUGCUUGCUUUGUGUGCAACGAAGUAGGGCACACUCGAUUCGAUUGCCCGAAAAAGAAGACCAGAGGAGUAGCGGCGGCCGUGACAGCAGUAGAAGCAACAGACGAAAAUCUGGAAGAUCGUCUAGUACGUAGAGUAGUGGAGCAACUUACUGCAAAAAAUUGGUCCGGUUAGCUUUGUGCGGAAGUCCUGUGUGCCUUCUGGCUUUAUUAAUAAACAACAAUCAACUAUAUACAGAGGCGUUGGAAAUAAACGAUUAUUUACGUACGGAACGAUUACGUGUAAAGUUUUAUUUCGGGGAAGUGAAGUUAAACAUAAGUUUUUAAUUUUACCCGAUGACCAUGCAAUAGUACCUUGGUUAUUCGGACGAGACAUUUUGAGCCGAAUGGGCAUUAAUUUAUUUAAAAUGAUUAAUGUAAAGUAUGACAAAAAUGAAUUACUUGAUUUGCGCAAUAAAAUAGCAACGAAUAAAUAUGUUAAUGACAUUUUCAGUGCA